UAAUGACCAAAACAAUAAACAAUUUCGAAAAUACUGAAAAUUAGUAAUUACGGAGACUGGAGAUUAAAGAGCCUGUAUUGAGUGUAUUCUGAUUUCAGAUUUGUACAAUUGUACGCAAUUUCGAUUAAUUAAGCAUCUUCAUAAUCUUAAUUAUUGAAAAAUGUCGGCCAACACAAGUACCCGGGAUAAAUUACUUGGUUUGCUCGACGACUUUGAACUGUUAAGCAGAGAAUUGAUUGAAAAUUUGAGUGCUGGGCGACAACAGAAAAUAAAUGUUCAACAUCAGUUACUUCUUACAGAACAACUCGUAGCCACAGAUAAUGAAAUAAAGGCUACAUUAAAAGUUGCAGAACACCAAGCGGAAGUAGAAAAAAAAGUAAAUGCUAUUAAGGAAGAAAUAGAAACACAAGACCAACAUAUCACACAAAUGCAAAAACAUUUCAAAGAAGCAGAAAAUAUAUUAGCAACAGCUUUAUUCCAAGCAAAACAAAAAUUACAAUCGAUCAAUAAAGCAAGUAAACAUCCUGUGUCCUCAGAAGAUCUCAUAAAAUAUGCUCACCGAAUAAGUGCUUCAAACGCAGUAUGUGCACCACUUACAUGGCAACCGGGUGAUGCACGUAGACCUUAUCCUACUGAUAUUGAAAUGCGAAUGGGAUAUUUAGGCAGGUUAAGUGAUCUACCACUUAAUGGACAUAUAAUGCAACCUCAAGGUCUGGCUGAUAUGGUGCGAUCAAAUAAUCAAAUAGAUCGUCAAGCCUCUCAACAAAAUCAAUUUGCUUGGCAUACAACUGGUGAUAUGCAUAUAGGAGUUGGUAGUGGAGUCAUAGAUACUAGAAAUCAUUCUAAAGAUGUUGCAGAAGAUGUUGAAGUUAUGUCAACAGAUAGUAGCAGUUCUUCCUCUAGUGAUUCUCAAUAGUUAUAAAAA